AUGGCACGAACCAAAGGCGCUAAGUCUUCCUCUCCUUCUAGCCGAAAGCCAGCGCCGCGCGAGGCGCCUGUGCAAGCCUCAACCUCUGAGCCGCCACCGCCAGAAGUUGUUUCGCCUCCUGUGAAGCCCACACCAAAGAAGCGUCAGGCCAAGCCGACAUUGCAAACGCCUCCGGCGAGGCCCUAUCUUACCAGGUCAGGGGGUCGUCCCCUGCAAAAACGAGCUAGAGUGGAAAGCACGGAACCCAUCGACUUAACAAGGCAGUCCCCUAUUCCAUCUCCAGAGCCCUCUCCGGCACUGCCGGCAAAGCCUCAAGCAAGCCAGCCGCCACCUUCUGAGCCCCAAAUUCCGUCUAGGACAGCUCUGGAAGCGAUAAUCAGGCGUCCAAUGCUUACUCAGCCACCAAUUGAAGGCAAUUUGGACUGCCGAGCUCGGCCAUUCCACUUUGAGCUAUGCUUUGACACAGCCGCCUUCCAGUUGCGGCUAGAGCUUGAAGAGCCUCAGCUGGAGCGCAAGAGGAUAUGUCGAGAGGUUUUUACUUUCGACAAACGGAGCAACAUGACAGCAUAUAGGAUGGAGCAGCCAAAGCUCCCACAGCCAGCUCAGAUACCAGCUACUAGGAGAGCAUCUCCACGUCUUAUACCUGAGGGUAUACCUGUUGCUUCUCCUACCAUAGCCAGAGCCUCUCCAGUCCCUCCAGUUGCUCCAGCCUCAUCGCAACCCUCCACUUCAGCUGAGCCCAGGAUGGCCAUCCCUAUUUUUGAGUAUAGGGAUUUAUGCCAGGCAUUGCAGACCUUGACAGCAUCUUAG